AUGGCCGGCUCGCAGCUCAAACGACUAAAGUCUUCCCUCAAGGAGCAGGGGAUUAUUGGGCCCCAGAAGUCGAAGAAACAGAAGCGUCAGAUUGCCCAGGAGGAAAAGGCCAAGAACGACAAACGCUUACAGAAGAGUGUCGCCCUGGGGCAAAUCAGGGAACAAUUCAACCCUUUCGAUCUUAAGCAUAAUCCAAGAGGACCCAAGUUUGAAGUCACCAGCAACCGACCUCCGACCGGAGCCGCCGCGAAAGGAAUCAAUGGCCGUCCUAGCGUCGCCAAGUCAAUCGGCGAGCAGAGGCGCCGAGAGACGCUGCUCGUCGAGAUGCAGAAACGAAACAAGGUCGGCGGAAUUCUUGACCGUCGAUUUGGUGAAAAUGACCCUGCAAUGGCCGAGGAGGAAAAGAUGAUCGAACGUUUUGCACGGGAGAAGCAAAGGACGCACAAGAAGACAUCCCUUUUCGACCUUGAAGAGGCUGAGCCUCUUGGAGAACUGACCCAUAUGGGCCAGUCUCUGACCUUUGAUGACUCGGCACUCGCAGACGAUUUUGACGAAGAUGAUCUCGGAGGUUUCGAGAGCGACGACUCAGAUAUGUUGAGAAAGAGGCUCAAACGCGUUCGUAACGCUGGAAUGGGCGAAGAUGGAGAGGAGACUGGCGAGGAGCAGCCAGAGAGAAAAAAGACCAAAAAGGAAGUUAUGGAGGAGGUUAUUGCAAAGUCGAAGAUGUACAAGUACGAGCGACAGGUCGCAAAGGACGAGGACGAUGAUUUAAGACGGGAGUUGGACAAAGAGCUGCCUAACCUCCAGGCUCUUCUGUUUUCUCGUGGAAAUGUCGACACUGAUGAGACGAAUGAUUCGGGUAAACUGAUUGCCGGCGUCGACCGGGCUACCUUCAACAAAGACUUCGACUUGCGUCUUAAGAAGCUUGUUCAGGACCGCAGAGCCGCGCCCACUGAACGUACCAAGACCGACGAAGAGAAGGCUGAGGAGGAAUCCAAGAGACUGAGGGAGCUCGAGGAAAAGCGCCUGAAGAGAAUGAACGGAGAGCCGGUCUCCAGUGACGAGGAGGAUGAGGAUGAGGAAAUGGAGGAUCAACCUACUGAGCAGCCUGCCUUCGAGUUCAUCAACCCCGAAGAAGAGGAUGAGGAUUUUGGCCUCGGAAAGGGAAUCAAGACCCGCCCGACUGCUACAGAGCUAGGCUUUGAUGAUGAAGAUGAUUUCAUCAUCGAAGACGACCUGGUGGCUAGCGGUUCAGACCUCGAACUUGUUAGCGAAGAGGAGGAAGACUCAGAUGAGGAGGCUGACAGUGCGGGUGAGGGUGAGGAUGAAGAUGAGGAUGACGAAUUCACCAAAGGCCUGCUCAACGAGGAGGAAGCCAAAAGCUCCGUGUUUGCAACUGCGCCUGCAAGUGGAAAA